GGGUAUCAACAGACGUGAAGGCACUGGAAGGCCAUUAAGUAUGCCAUGCUGUAUCCUGAAUCGUUCUAGAUGUUGGACCCUUUCACGCGUGCUAGCAUCUACCCGUGUGGCAACUAAAGAACAUCUAGCAUCUACACAUCGCCGACUAAUAUCUCGUGGGAUAGUGUUGCCAACUGUGAUGUCUAUCGACAUCUCAUCCGUCAGGCUGGCGCUUAUGGGGAAUGGCGAUGAAGCGGGGUAUUAACACAACGAAGCGCCGGAGAUAUAAGCGCCGAGCGGGCUCAGAAGGCUGUCCGAGGCGAGAGUAGCCUCGCCACUAAUUCAUAUCAACUUUUUUGCAGCUUCUAUUAAUCUGGCCGCUAGAUCCUACCUGGAAUUAUAUCCGAGUCAAUAUACAGCACCCAUGCAGCAUCAUUGGACGAAAUGUUUCAGUGCACAAGUAUCAAAGAGAUACCUUCCGAAGCGAUCACAGUAGCGAUAUUCUGCACCCUGGCAUUCGAGGCAGUCGCAAUCAAGUACAUCUUUGACGAAGAGUUUACAUGUCAUCCAACAUGCAUAGGUCCAAAGAACUAUAUCUAUUCCUUCGGACGUAUCGGGAACCACAAUAUUAUCCUCACCAGACCCCAUCGCAUCGGACCCGUCAAGGCCGCCCAUUGUGCAGCGACAGUCAGACAGCAAUUCCCAAACGUACAAUUCGCUCUGAGCAUCGGCACCGGAGGCGGUAUUCCACGUCCUCCAAGACACGAUAUCCGUCUAGGCGAUAUCGUCAUCGGCAUUCCAGGCGACAACCACCCCGGCAUCCUCGAGUACGACUUUGGCAAAUACGAACAAGACCGAUUCGUGCUCAAAGCAUGUGCCAACAAACCCCCAUCAAUCCUAAUCAGCGCAGACGGAUCUCUAGAAGAAGACGAGAUAAUGGAAAGAAGUCCACUGAGCAAUGUCUUGAAAAACUUAACUGCGCGGCCUAAAUAUGCGCGUCCAGGCAACAAGGACAUCUUAUAUGAUGCAGUAUUUCACCACAUCAAUAAAGGAGACGAUUGCAGUGGCUGCGAAGCGUCCACUGAGAGAAAACACGUAUCUCGACCCAUGCGUCCUCACCACCAGCCCUAUGUUCACCGCGGCCUUAUUCUCUCUGGAAACGGCGUGGUCAAGGACCCGCAGGUUCGAGAUCGUCUACGGCGGGGGCAUGACGAUGCGGUCUGCUUUGAGAUGGAAGCAGCAGGAAUUGUGGAUGAAAUUCCUUGUUUAGUUGUGCGUGGUAUAUGCAACUAUGCCGAUACGCAUAAGCGGGACGCAUGGCGUUAUUAUGCUGCGGCGGCAGCAGCAGCUUAUGGCAAGGUUAUUUUGCGCAAAAUUGACGGAUCGGAUAUGCGACAGAGUAGUGCUGUAGGCUUUUGGUUAGGUGUGGUGAUGGGAGGAAUAGGAGCAGUCUUGAUUGGAUUAGGAUUUCUCUCAGGAAGAUUCCUUUGAAGCAAAUAUCCCGCUCAGGUCGAUUGAUUGUUUCUGAAGAAGCUGCUUCCAGGUCAUCUGUUGACAUAUCUGGGGAACCCGAAUCCAGACAUUGCCUGUCGCUACAGGGUAACCGUCUGAUAACGCCCAUCCAGCUGUUGCGCCGGAUGUCGUUCUCCAAUUCCCGAAAGGAUAAUUUUCUUCACCGCAGCCUACUCAAGAGA